AUGGAUGUGGAAUUAAGAUUAUAAUACUUAGCACCAUAAAUGCAUAUUGAAUAAAUAAGCAUAUUUAUUACACUUACAACUACUGAUAAUUUAAUCUAAUCAGUUAGUAAAACAAUCUAACUUAAAUCUGAUCAGUUUACUUUAUUUCUUUUUAAAUAUGGCUUCCAGGUUUUCUUUAUUUAUAUUAAAGAUUCGCAUAGUGCAUGGUUGGGAUAUUGAUAAUAUAGAACCUCUAGAUAUUUUAUCUAUUAAAGUUCUAGAUCCUCAUCUAUCUUUUUCUCUUAUAAAAGAGAAAAAACAUUCAGAAGUAGAUUUUAGUCCAUAUUUUUUUGAAGAAUCUCAUAAUGAUAAAUAAAUAAAUUUGUAUGAUACAUUUGUAGAUAGAAUCAAAGCUAAUAAAUUGGAUUAUAUUGAAAAGCAUUUAAAUAAAGAAAUAGCUAAUCAAACAAAUAAAGAAGGCUGGACGUUAUUGCAUUGGAUUUGUUAUUUUGGUAAAUUAGAAAUUUUGAAAGUCUAUUUACCUUUUUGUUUAGAUAUCAAUUAAGAAACUUUAGAUGGAUGGACUGCAUUAAUGAUAUCUAUAAGAUAAUAGCAUCUCUAAAGUAAUGUUCAAUUAAUUAUUUAGUAACUAGGUAUUUGUUAAAUUAGUAAAGUAUCAAUCCAAAUUUAGUAACCUAAUAGAGUAGUGCUCUUCAUUUAGCAUGUAGAAUGGAAAACACCAAAAUCAUUUAAAUGCUAUAAGAAAAAGAUGUUGAUUUUUUAAUUUAAGAUCGUUAAAAUACAAAUGUGUUUAAUAUUGCAUCUUUGAAAAUGUAGUUGUUUUUAUUGGGAUUGGUUAAUAAAAUGCCAUUAGUAACAGAAAUCUAAUUAUUUUCCUAAAUCAAUCCAUUUAUUGCAAAAGGAACUUAUUUUUCACCUGGUUCCAGUCCUUGGACAAUAAAAUAAAGAUAUUUAGUCAUAAAUCCUUUAGGUGAUCAUUUAAUAAGGUAUACAGAUAAAUGUUAGACUGAAAUCAGAGAAUCAAUAAAAUUAUCUUAAAUUUAAUAGGUCAAUUCUAAUUAUUCAAGUUUUAAACUUAAAAAAGGAUAUUUUUAUAUAUAAUUGCAAGGAGAGAGUCAUCAUGAUUUAAUAAUAGGUUUACCAACAAUAGAUCAUUUAUCAAGAUGGUCAGCUCUAAUUAAAAAAGGUAUAACCUAUACAAAAAAUGUUGCUACUGGAUUGUAACUAAACAAUAUAUUCAUUAAAUUAGAAGAAAUCGACUUAGAUUCUCCUCCUUCAAGUAUUGCUCCAAAAAGAGAUAGUUAGACACCCAUAAGACGUAAGAUUUCUGAUUUAUCAUCUUUGAUGCCUAAAUUAACUCAUUAGAUUCCUAAAUUUAAAGAUUUCGUUUUAAAAUCUCUUUUAAUGAGUGAUUAAAUAAGCUGUAUUUUUAAAGCUUAUUGUGAAUUAGAUGGAUCAACAUAUGCUUUAAAAUGUCUCAACAAAUAAUUAUUAAUUUAAAAUGGUCUUCUUGGAGAAGCUAUACAUGAAGUUCGUACAUUAACUUCAGUGGAUAAUCCAUAUAUAAUAUAAUUAUAGUAUGCUUUUCAAACUCCUAAGUAUUUAUAUUUGGCAUUUGAACAUUGUAAUGGUGGUAGUUUAUACUCUAUUUUAAAUGCUCUAGAAAGAAUUACAAUAAGUUAAGCUAAAUAUUAUCUAAGUCAAAUUUUAAUAGCUUUAGAAUAUUUGCAUAGUUAGAAUAUUAUUUAUAAUAAUCUCUGUUUGAAUAAUGUAUUGUUGACAUCAAAGGGAAGUAUUAAAUUAAUAGGACUUCAAAAUUAUGGUUUUUAAUCAAUCUACUAUAAGACUCCUGAAUAUUUGGAUGAGGGGAAAAUUGGAAAAUGGACUGAUUAUUAUUAAUUUGGAAUAUUAGCAUUUGAACUUUUAUCUGGAUGUCAUCCAUUUUAGGGUAAUACUAGUAAUUAAAUUAUUUUGGGUAUUUUGACAUGUCAAAUAAACUACCCUUAAUAUUUUAGCAAGGUAUAUUGAUAAUUUAAAAUAGGAAGCAAUAAAUCUAAUAAAUAAAUUGACAAACAAAAAUUAUGAAAAACGAAUAAAUUUUUAGCAAAUUAGAUAACAUCCUUUUUUUAAUGAUACUAAUUGGGAGUAAUAUUGUUUUUAAAAAUUACAAAAUCCAAUAAGAUUAAAUUAAUUGAGAAAUUAUUUAAAAUUAGAAAAGGUAAAAUUAUUAAAUAUAUUUAGAUUACAUUUCAAGAUGAGGAUUAUGAAUUGCAUGAUUAGAUCAAUUUUAAAAAGGUUAUCCAAUAUGAUUAUAUAAAAUUUACUUGA